UCAGUAUGUGGGACUGACACAUAGUGUUGCUAUCACCUUGGCUUUGUCAUGACUUGUUUCUGUCAUACCUGAGUUUGAUGGUGUUUGGUGGGAGGAGUUGUGGUCUCAGGUGAGAGGGAGUCAUAGUUCCCAGACACAGACCACAGAGAUAUGCCAGGGAACAGCCGUGCCCACGCAGCCCUCCACAUGCAUGCAGCAUCACCGCUGUGACAGGAUGGAUGAUAGAUGACGAGGCAUGCCAUGAGGAUAUAGGCGGAACUUCAAGGAUGUUUCAAAUUCUAUAUCACAAACUCACUUCAGACUGUGUGGGCUUCUCUAAGCCCAGCUCUAAUAACCAGCUCUGAGGCUUCUCUCCCUUCCUCCCCUCCGUCUGUGUCCAUGUGUAAUACAGCUAUUGAUCCUGUCUCAACUUCAAUCAGGGAUGAGGAUGGACUCCCCUCUACCUCUCCUCCAUGCUCUCCUGUCCUCUCUCUGCCAUCCUUCUGCUCCUCUUCCUCCCUGUCGCUCUGCCUCAGGACCAGGGCUCAGGGGCACAGGGAGCUGGCUGUGGUCAUACACCGAAAAGUGGAGCAGGCACUGCGGAGGACAGACACAAGUGGCAGGCGGCAGGUCCUGAGGCAUGGAAACAGAGACGCCGUGUCACGACGGCAGUGUCACAUGGCUUCACUACCCUCAACACACUCAGUGACCCAUAACCAGAGGGCAGGUCACAGGUCAGGGAGUGCUGGUCUGAGGAGGACAGUCAGUCUGUCAGUUGUGGAUGAACAGGCCUCAACAGAGCUGCUGCAGCACAGAGGAUGCCUCUCCCCACAGCACAACACACUGCCUCCUCAGACAGACACAGAGAUCUGGGAGAAUGAUGUGUGUGAGGGAGCGUAUGAGGGGCUCACCCCAGGGCUGGUGUACCUGGAGCAUGUGUGCCGGAUGCUGGAGGAGAUUGCUAGGCUACAGAUGCAUAACCAGAGUUUACAGGUGGAGAUGGAGGCUCUCCGGGAGCAGCAGGAGAGCAGGGUAAGGGGAUAWGUUGACAUUUGA